AUCAUAAAUACGCUGCUGCAACAGUACAUAGGAGUUCAGGUAUAAUAUCAGUCUGAUGUGUGGCAUCGUCGUGUGAACAAUGGAGACAAUGGAUCGCGGAGGAAAGGAAAAGCUCUCCACAUUCCAGAAAGAUGCGCUGUCCGCACACAACAGAUAUCGAGAAAAACAUGGCGUCGGAACACUGAAGUUAAGCGAUGACCUUUGCGCGCAUGCGCAGCAGUGGGCCGAGCACCUGGCCAGCACAGAUACGUUCAAGCACAGCAACAAGGACUUUGGGGAGAAUAUUGCCAUGAAUUUCAGCAGCCAGACAACAGAAUAUACAGGCCAGCAGGCGACUGACCAAUGGUAUUCCGAAAUCAAAAAGUACAACUUUGGCGCAACCGGGUUUCAGUCGGGUACAGGUCAUUUCUCUCAAGUUGUCUGGAAUGACUCCAAGGAAAUGGGUAUCGGCAAAGCGGUGGCCAAAAGCGGCAAGGUUUAUGUUGUGGCCAACUACCGACCGGCAGGGAACAUGAUGCGCGCGUACCAGGAGAACAUCUUCCCUCCACGAAGCGGCCCGACGGACACCAGCGCGGGCAGAGAAGAUGGCGACACGAGAAGGUCGCCGGGCGAAAGGGAGCAUGGGCUCUACGACAAGAAGGAACAGGAUCGGGCUGGUCACGGUAUCGGCAUUGCCGUGACCCAGUUCCAGAAAGACGCCCUCAUCGUUCACAACGAAUACCGAUCUAAGCACGGCGUUGAUUCGCUGAUGCUCUCCGGGGAUCUGUGUAAGAGUGCCCAGGAAUGGGCAGAUCACCUUGCCCAGACGGGCCGGUUGCAGCACAGCACGCGACAUGGUAUCGGGGAGAACGUGGCCAUGCAUUAUUCAUCCGCUACUACCGAAUACUCAGGCAAGCAAGCGUGCGACCAAUGGUACAGCGAGCUGAGCAAGUAUAACUUCGAGAAACCAGGCUUUGGAAAUGGAACAGGUCACUUCACACAGAUGGUUUGGAAGGAGUCCAGGGAGUUUGGCAUCGGUAAAGCGGUGACUAAAGACGGCAAGGUCAUGGUGGUUGGCCAGUACCGACCGCCUGGUAACGUGGUAGGACGGUACGAGGAGAACGUGUUCCCACGGUCGGACGACUACCGACCGUCACCCAGUGCUGCCCAGACAUCUAAGGUAACUCGAGUUGUUCGUUCUACGAAGUAUGUGACUGAGCAGUCGCCAGAUGAUGUUACCCGAAAGGUCGGCGGCAUGAAACUCAAAGAUGCGGACUUGUCUCCCUCGGACCUUCGGACUUUCCAGCGGGACUCCCUGGAAGCCCACAACAAGUACCGGGCCCUCCACGGCGCCCGCAGCCUGAGGCAGUCGGACGACCUGACCAGGCGAGCCCAGGACUGGGCCGCUCACCUCGCCAAAAACGAUGAGUUCAAGAACAGUGGCAACUCCGAUGUCGGGGAGAAUAUUGCUAUGCACUACUCCAGUGCCAGCACCGCGUUUUCUGGAGAGGAAGCCACUGACAUGUUUUACCGCCAGAUUUCCAAGUAUAACUUCAAGGAGCCUGGAUUUGUCUCCGGCUCAGGUCACUUCACCCAGUUGGUCUGGAAAGACACCGAGGAGUUCGGCAUAGGCAAAGCGAUCACCAAGGAGGGAAAGGUCAUCGUGGUGGCUUUCUACAGUCCCCCCGGCAACGUCAGGGGGAAAUUCGACACCCAAGUAUCCGAAGCGGGAAAAUGAAACCGGUAGUGUCAAAAACAAGAGGGCGGUUGAGAUGUUGGAAAGGGCGCCCUCCUGGUAAUUAGGGAUUUAUUAUUUGUCCUCGAAAUUUGUUAAUGUUUAUGUUGGUCAGUUACUGUCGGGUUUAUCAUUAAUGUAGUUCGCCUUUCUUGUUACCAUAUUCAAUUCUGCUUGCCCAUUGGUAUUGCCUGUAAUGUGAGUUUAUUGCAUAAUUUAAAUGUGAGUUUAUUGCAUAAUUUAAAUGUGAUUGUAUUUUGUUAAAUGGUUGUGGUUACGCUGCAUGUUUAUUCUUAAAAUUAAAUUUAAAGCACGGAAAUUUCACAUUCCAUAUUUUGUUCGGGUAAAUUAUAACAUUUUUUUAAUAUUCGAGUUGCACUAAAGGUGACGAGGUGAUACACUUUUAUUUACCAUGCGGCUGAAUCUAGUUUUAGUGAACAUCAUCAGUGCAAUAAUCAUUAUGGAACUGAAAUCAGGUUCUAAUUAUUGUUUGAAUAAAUCUGUUUUAUUUUAAAAACAACAAUUGUAAUGUUUAAAACUAUCAACAGCUAUAUGUAUAUCAAUGUUGACAUCUUUUGGAUUUGUUCUUUGUGGACCGUUUGGUAUUGUAAACAUUUAUACUGUGAUAUGCAUAUGCAUGAGUGCCUCAGGUUUAACAUAUUCCCAUUAUCUUUCAGUUUCAAAACCAAGUUAAGCGAUUGGCUGUACAUUUAUGCAUAAUCAUGUAUGUUGAUUUUAAUGCGUAUAUAGAUAUGAACAUAGUUUAUGUAUUGUUUUCAUAAGGCUGAACAACGAACAAAGUUAAUCUGAUGUAGUAACCUGUAACAAAUGCAGAAGUUUCACUUUGAAUUACUCGUUAUUAUUUCAAAAUUAACAAGUAUGGCUUUCAAUAUCGCUUCCUUAUAAUGUAUCAUGUUCAGGAGUCAAAGUAACUGAUAACAGUAUACAUGUAACAGCGUGUAAAGAUAUUCUACGCUUAAGGAGAAACUAAUAAGAUUGACUAGAUUAAUAAUUAAAGAGAACAUGUAAUUAAGGUAUGGGCUUACAGAAGUUUGGACUCCAUACUGCAAAUAACCCCAAUGCCUACGGUAUGUUAAUCCCAUAGCACUGUGUCACACAGGAGUGUAACCCUUUAUCAAAAACACGAAUCCCAGUAUGCUAUAGAUAAUAAAUUUAAUAUACCAUUUACAUGCACUGUUUGACCGAUAUUCAAUUAUAUCGACUGAACGAUAAAAUAUCUUACACGCAGCACGAAUGGGUUUUAUGUUUAAGGAUUGAUUGGAGAUCAUGAAUAAUGCAUCAAUGAGCGGAUUGGCUAGCCCAGGGGCAACGUGGUUAGACAGAGGCAAGGUGUGGGCUGUUGUCACGUGGAGAAGACCACUUCGUUGCAGUAACUGAAUGUGACCGAUAUAACACAAAAGAUAGCUUUACGUUCAUCGAAUUGUUCAGCAAUUGAAAUAUAUAGUUCUUUUAUCUCUUUAUCAGAACUGUUCCUUGUUUAAUUGUUUGAAUCAGAUUAUAUUCUCUUGUUCUUCUCAUUUAUACGGAUUAACGUGCUCAACGGAAUUUGACAUCACCGUGGUUUAUGAUCUACUUGUGUACGUCACGACUUAGUUUCCUAAACUGUAUUGAACGGAUCCCGCCUAUUUCCACCUAAAACAUGUUUAACAAUAUAUGUUCUUUUUAGAUGUUUAAAAUAUGCAUUUUCUUGAACAUUGUUGAAAUCAUUACAAGUUAUAUAUAAAUAAAUCUGCGACUAUCUGUUGAAAAUAUCGAAAGAUUUUCUGCGGAACACAUUUCUAUGAAAUUUAGUUGUGGCUAAAACAGAAAUAAAGGAAGUUGAACGGAAAAAA